AAUGAGACAAUUUCGAAAAUAUACGGCCAUCUUUCUUUUUUCGUAACUCCUCACUCAAGUGACAAGAGCACAUCAACAUGCAAUUGUUUGUACGUGGUUUGGAAUGUGUUGAAACCCUUGAGGUUCAACAAGAUGCUACUAUUGCUGCCGUUAAGGCUCAAAUUGCCCAACUCCAUGGUGUCAGCACUGAGGAAUUCGAGUUGAACUGUGAAGGCAAUGCUUUGGCCAACGAAACCGCCAUCUCUGCCUUGUCCUCCUCCGAAUUGGAUAUCACCAUCCCAAUGUUGGGUGGUAAAGUGCACGGUUCUUUAGCUCGUGCCGGUAAAGUUAAGGGUCAAACCCCCAAGGUAGAGAAGCAAGAAAAGAAGAAGAAGAAGACCGGUCGUGCUAAGAGACGUAUCCAAUACAACCGUCGUUUCGUCAACAUUGUACCCGGUUUCGGUCGUCGUCGUGGCCCCAACGCCAACUCUGCUUAAGUUUUUAUGAAGACCACCAUAUAAAUUGUCUUACAGAGAAUGCCUGUGCAUAAUUUUUAGUUUUUAUACAAAACUAAAAAUAUUUUAACUUUUUCCAUGUAAAAUAAAUACGUUAAACAACAACAAAAAGUAAUUGACAAAA